AUGGAUAUUUCUAGGAGAUACCAGGCUCUUCAGACCUCACAUGAGCUAGAAGCCAUGGUUGUGUUUGCACUAUACACAUUUCUGUGGUUGACUACUGAGUCUUUUCUUUCUGUUUCAGGGAAAUUCCAGAAAGAACUAGUGGAGGUGACUCUGGACCCAGACACAGCUCAUCCCCAGCUCCAUAUUUCUAAUUGGACAGCUGUAACCCAUAAAGAUGAUCCUCAGGAGGUGCCUGACUCAGAGAAGAGAUUUACAGAGUGGAAGUCUGUUGUGGCUUUUCAGAGUUUCUCCUCAGGGAAACAUUACUGGGAAGUUGAUGUGGGACACCAGAAAGAGUGGUGUUUAGGAGUAUGCCGGGAUGAUGUGAACAGGAAGCUUGCUGAGUCUAUAUCUACCAAAAUUGGUUACUGGAUCUUUGGACUGACCACAAACGGAUAUUUUACAUUCAACCCCCACAAAAUUGCCCUGUCCCCAUGCAUCAGUCCUACACGAGUGGGGAUCUUCCUAGACUGUGAGGGUGGGACCAUAUCCUUCUUCAAUAUAAAUGAUAAGUCUCUCAUUUAUACCCUGACAUUUCAAUUUGAAAAAAAAUUGCGCCCUUACAUUGCAUAUUGGUCACAUCACAGUGAAAAACCCCUAGUCAUUUGUACAAUGUCCUGA